AUGGCUACCUGUAUCUCUCUCUCUCUCUCUCUCUCUCUCUCUCUCUCUUUCUCUGAGAAUGCGCAUGCACGUGGAGGCAUCUUUCCCUGUCCUCUCUCUUUUUUUUCUUUGAUUGUCUUCUCCUUCCUCUUCCUCCAUCUCUUAAUCUUCGCUAGCUUCAAAUUCAUUCUUAUUACUUUCUCACUCCUUCCCUCUUCUUAUACCUCCCUCUUUUUUUAUUCUCUCGCAUUCUUUACUUUGUUUUUUUUUUCUCUCUGUCCUUUCUUGUCUCUCUUUAUUGUUUUAUUCUCCUUUUUCUUUUUCUUUUUUACUUUUUCUCACUCGAUCUUCAAAUCUAUCCCUAUACUCCGUCCCAUCUAUCUCUCUCGUUCUAUAAAAAAAAAUAGCAAAAAAAAACUUUGUUUUACUCAAACACAGAAUCCUUCUGCAAAGGUCGAUCCCCUUGGGCAGUUAUCGCUCGAGAUAGAUAGAAAUGAAUGUGUUCUGUGUCGCUAUCUAUCUAUCUAUCUAUCUAUCUAUCUAUCUAUCUAUCUAUCGCAUAUCUUCCCUCACCAUUCAGCCCUUAUCGAGAGGAUGGUCUCUGGGAGCUAG